CAUGAGAACCCUUUUCCGGUUUUUGUUUCCCCUCUGGCCCCGCUGCCGUCAGUGUAGUGUAUCGUUCGCCGCAAGAGAAAAAUUGAAUUUAUAUAGCAAUUUGCUGGUUCUAUUACUUUUUUUCCCUUCCAACAAGGGCAUCAGUGAAAUAAUCCUCUCUCAACCACGAUGUCCGUCGACAAGGAGGAACUGGUGCAACGCGCCAAGUUGGCGGAGCAGGCUGAACGAUAUGACGACAUGGCGGCUGCGAUGAAGGAAGUCACGGAAACCGGUGUCGAACUCAGUAACGAAGAGAGGAACCUCCUUUCGGUUGCCUAUAAGAACGUAGUUGGAGCCCGACGGUCGUCAUGGCGAGUCAUUUCCUCAAUUGAACAGAAAACCGAGGGAUCGGAAAGAAAACAACAGAUGGCUAAAGAAUAUAGGGUUAAAGUAGAAAAGGAGCUCAGAGAAAUCUGCUACGACGUUUUGGGUUUACUCGACAAACACCUUAUUCCUAAAGCUAGUAAUCCAGAAAGUAAAGUAUUUUACCUAAAAAUGAAGGGAGAUUACUACAGGUACCUUGCAGAAGUGGCCACAGGAGAAACCAGAAAUUCUGUUGUAGAGGACUCACAGAAAGCAUACCAAGAUGCUUUUGAAAUCAGCAAGGCGAAAAUGCAGCCCACACACCCAAUCAGGCUGGGGCUGGCGUUAAAUUUCUCCGUCUUCUAUUAUGAGAUAUUAAAUUCUCCAGACAAGGCGUGUCAGCUCGCCAAGCAGGCUUUCGAUGACGCUAUCGCCGAAUUAGACACAUUGAACGAGGACUCCUACAAAGACUCGACCCUGAUCAUGCAGCUGCUGCGAGACAACCUGACGCUGUGGACGUCGGACACGCAGGGCGACGGCGACGAGCCCGCCGAGGGUGGCGACAACUAAUCCGGCGCCGCUAACACCCCAGCACACGCAUUUGUUCUCAUCGGUGUUUUAUAAAAAAACGAGUAACAUUCGAGAAUGUCGCGCGGCGCGGGCCACCCGCCGCUGUUGCGAGCCGUCGCUUGUAAAAAAAAUGUUAAAAAUGUCGUUCGCAGCGGACCUUCACGUUCCGUCUAAAAUUAAAUGUUAUGUGUCAUCUUUGACGGUUUUGUAUUUCUGUAUUUACACUGGAUUACAGAUAUCGAGCUGACCUGAUGAAUAUAAAUAUUUAUAACUUAAGUUAUUAAAAUUACGGUUUCUUAAGUUAAAAGUGUUUUCCUUUCAUUAAUAUAGAAUAACAGCCUGGUCGGCCCCGUAAAACAUUCCUUUCGCCGCAUGUCCGCAGUGAAAAGGAGAUCAUGAUGGUGAUUGUUUUUUUGGAAAUUAUGAAGUUAUAUAACUUUUUGUUAAAGUGCGCCCGUGACCCAAAUGAUGAAAUACAGUAUUUCAUAAAAGUAACCCUUAUAUUGUAAUGGCUGUAUCGAUUAGGGCACAAAAAACUUGUUAGUGUCUUGUUUUGUGAUGUCCUCUGAAUUUUUGAAUGCAUUACCAAAGGAAAAAUGUUUGUUGACAUUGACAUUAACCAUUUUGUUGUGCCCAUCACUGAUUAUUAAUAAUUAAUAGCUCUGGAUUUUCAGGCAUUUAUUAGCAAAAUAGUUUUUGUGAUGGAGAAAUUAAUAUUGUAACAUUUCUGCUGCAUUUUAUCAGCCAUUAAUCUAUUAUAUUUUUCAUGUUUUCACCAAUAAACUUUUGUAUUAAAUACAAUUUUUAGUUUUUAGAAUCAAUAUUUAAAUAAACCGCCACCUAUUAACCCCA